AUUAUCUAAUCUCCACUUUUUUCUUCUGCCCCAUAUCUUAACUUCCACUAUGAUCUUCCCCCCUUCUUUCAUCUUUUUCUUCAACACUAAAAUUUUAUUGUCAUGAAUCUUGAUGAAGAUCAACGUAACAAGGGUUGUGGUGCAAUGAUAAGUACUCCUUAAUUCAUACUUAAUCGUUCGAGUCUUGAAUAUGGAGUCACCUUUAUUAGAGAACGCUUUAUAUAUCCUCCAAGAGGCGUAAUUUCCGACGCGAGCUCAAAUUAUGUCGGGCUCAAUCCGGAUAUCGGACAUUGGAUGGAAAAUAAAAAAAUAAAAAUAUAAUGAUGAUUAAUGACCCUUCGUCCACACUUUUCUUACCUCCUACGUCAACAAAAAAAAUGACCAUGCUUCCAUUAUAUCCCACAUGUUCAUGACUAUUCUUCACUAUUUAAAGACAUCAUAAAAAUAGUACAAGCAAAACAACAUCAAAUCAAAAUAUACCUAAACUAUGAACACUACUACAAGGACCAUUUUGUUUUGGUUCAUAACCUUUACCGUUGCACUUUCUUCCAUCAUUCUUCCUCUCUAUUCCACUAAUUACCACUCUCCCACGAAUAGUCCUAUUGAAACUACUAGCUUUUCACUUGCUAAUUUGCUGAAAAGGGUAAUUGAAAAAAGUGGUAUACAAGAUUUCUUUUCCAUCUUUGAAGCAAUAACAAGAUUGCAUAGUUCUAAAUGUGACUAUUCCAAAUGGAACUCAAAGCUUGUAUCAGUAUAUGGAGUUUCUCAGGUUUUGACUGUUGAUUUAAAUGGUUGUGGAAAUUUCAGCAGUAUACAAAAGGCUGUGGAUGCUGUUCCUGAUGAUAGUUCUACCAAAAGGCUUAUUCUAGUUGAUUCAGGCACAUACAAGGAGAAAGUGGUGAUAAACUCUAGCAAGACAAAUUUAAUAAUAGAAGGUCAAGGUUACCUUAAUACUGCUAUAGCAUGGAAUGAUACUGCAAAUUCUACUGGUGGAACUGUAAAUAGCUUUACUGUUGCUAUUUAUGCUUCCAAUUUCAUAGCCUACAAUAUCAGCUUCCAGAACACAGCUCCACCGGCUUCACCAGGUGAGGUUGGAGCACAAGCAGUGGCUCUAAGAGUAACUGGAGAUGAAGUUGCAUUUUAUGGUUGUGGAUUUUAUGGAGCACAAGACACUCUUAAUGAUGAUCGAGGCAGACAUUACUUUAAAGAAUGCUUCAUUCAAGGAUCCAUUGAUUUUAUCUUUGGAAGUGGUAGAUCACUCUAUGAGGAUUGCAAGAUAAAUUCGAUAGCAAAAGAAGAAAAAAAUGGAGUAGGAGGAUCCAUUACAGCACAAGGAAGAAAUUCCAAAAAUGAAAAUUCUGGAUUUUCAUUUGUGAAUUGUGCUAUUGGUGGCACUGGUAAAAUAUGGCUGGGCCGAGCAUGGGGAGCAUAUGCUACUGUUAUUUUCUCCAAGACUUACAUGUCAGAUGUGGUUUCUUCAGAUGGCUGGAAUGACUGGAGAGAUUCAACAAAAGAUCAGACAGUAUUGUUUGGAGAAUACGAGUGCUUUGGACCAGGAGCCAACUACACAGAUAGGGUACCCUAUGGAAAGCAGUUGAAGCAAAAUGAGGCAGCUCAGUACAUUGACAUCUCAUUUAUAGAUGGAGAACAGUGGCUUCUUAAUGAAGAUCAGACACUUGAUUUUUGGGAUUCACUAACAUAUAUAGAACGAAGAUAAACAUUGUUUAUGUUGUAUAAAUAUGUAACGACAAAAAUAUGCUUGUACUGUAUAUCAUCUUUAACAGUUAUUUUUCUCGGAUACUAAAAUUAUUAAUUUCAGAGUAAGAUAUAUACGUUAUUCAGACUUUGUCAUUUAUAUGUAUACAGGUUAUAUCCUUGCUUUUUGGCAAGUUUUCUCUUUCA